GCGAAAUGUACCAAAUUUCGUACAUUUUAUAAAUGUGAAUCCCAUAAUUACAUUGCAGGGUGGCUAUGUAUAAAUAUAUUUCUUUCUGUGUUGUGUUUUUUUGUUUGUUUUUUGUAUUUUAAAUAAUGUACAUUCAGAGUUUGAGGAAAGGAACCAUAUAUGUAGGCCUAUAGAUUUUUGCCUAUAGAAUUUCAUUGUAUAGUGUUACAGAGUGUUUCCUGUACAUAUGACAAUAAACUCUCUUGAAUCUGUUGCUCGCAGUGUGGCGAAAUAAGACGAUAGGACUAUAUCUUAUAACCCAGAUUAUAUGUCAUGAUAGCAUAGAUAAACAUGAUUUCCUGUCUCUCCACAAUAAAGCAGGUCAUUAUUAAAAUUAUGACAGAUUUGACCUCUUUUCUGAGUGGCGCCUCUAGGUAUGAUAUUGUCAGAUUCGUUCAACUUUAAAUACUUAUCGCCUGACUAACUAGAAGCUCAUAAAUUAGAAAAGGCAAAAUGAGCCGCAAUAUCUAAAGCCUCUGUAAUGGUCCGGAAAUAGGCUACCUUGUUUUUCUGGUGUUGGGUUGUCCUGUGACUCAAAGAGGCGGAACUAAAUGAAAGGAAACUUGUUUCUACCGGACACAUUUCGAACAAGUACGCGUUCUCCCGUUGCCGUGGCAGCAGCGACUUCAGGAAGAACGUUUGUGCUAUUUAUGAUGGAUCGUCAAGAGACAGAUCUGCUUGGUGGCAACGAGAACAUAGUUGAAAUGCAGAAUUUGGAAGAAGAGGACUUUGCUGUUUCAAAAUCAUCAGAUGCUGAUGCAGAAUUUGACAUGGUAAUUGGGAACAUCGAGGAUAUUAUAAUGGAGGAUGAAUUUCAGUAUCUUCAGCAGUCUUUCAUGGAGAAAUAUUACCUUGAGUUUGACGACUCUGAGGAGAAUAAGCUCAGCUAUACACCUAUAUUUAAUGAAUAUAUUGAAAUCCUAGAAAAGCAUCUGGAACAGCAGUUGGUAGAGCGAAUUCCUGGAUUUAACAUGGAUUCCUUCACACAUUCACUUAAACAGCACAAAGAUGAAGUGUCAGGUGACAUACUUGACAUGCUGCUCACUUUCACUGACUUUAUGGCCUUUAAAGAGAUGUUCAUUGAUUACAGAGCAGAAAAGGAGGGUAGAGGAUUGGACCUUAGUACCGGACUGGUGGUGAAGUCAUUAAAUUCUGCUUCAGCUUCACCUCUGACCUCCAGCAUGGCCUCACAAUCGAGCUGAAACAAUGAAAAUAGGGAUUUCAUGUAAAUGAACUUGAUCAACACAAUGAUUACUCCCAUUUAAAAAGAUGAAUAUUCAUUGAAAAUUCCUUUCUGACACAUCCCAAAACAAACAAAUCAUUGUUAUACUAACCUGACAGAAGGGAAUCUGUGUUUAUUUUAGGUUAAUGUUUAAACGUAAAAUUCAGGUUAACUUGUCAGCUCAUCCGGUUCGACUCUUCUAACAGUAUUUUCAUGAUCUGUUACUAAAUCCAGAAUGGAUCAGUUCUUCAUAUCUUGUUUUGGCCUACAGUGGAGCAAAACUUGCUGUUUCUGAAAGCAAGUUGAUUCAGAAAGUUGUAAUGAGCCUCAACAUCUCAAAGCUGCCACUUUAUUGCAUAUUUUUACACAAGAACCCCAUAUCAUUAGAUACCAAAAUAAUUCCUUUCACUUGACAAUCAAAAAGGGCUUUUCAUUUAAAAAAAAAAAAAAAAAAGUAUUAUACAAUGUGCCUGAUAUGACAAUUCUGAAAGACCCUUUUUAACCAUUCACAAGGUUUAAAGUUUCCCCAUGUGAAAUAUUACAUUCAAAAAUAUGUUUAUACAAUUACCAGAAACAAUGCAAAUAAUCUCAUACAGUUUUUUCAUGUUUUUUAUUGUGAUGUUGAGUCCAUGUUGCUCAUGGAUUGCUCCCAUAUGUUCAAACUGAUAUGUUUUGUUGAUGUAUACAGUACAAAAUUCAGCCUUUUUACCCCCUUCUUUAUAUAGAAUGUGUUGUUCUUACUAGAUGAAUGUUGCAUAAUUGUGUAUAUUUGUUUAUUAUUUGUAUAUAUAGACAUAUUUGAGCCUGUGUAUGGAAGAAAUAAAUACAACUGUUCUUUAA